CCCGGAAAUCACCAUGGCGGCUGUACCGUUGCGAGACCGGUUGAGUUUCUUGACUCGGCUACCCACUCUAAUCAAAGGCACCUCAGAUGAUGAAGUUCCAUGCCCGGGUUAUCUGCUUGAAGAGAUUGCCAAGAUCUCCCAUGAAUCAACAGGAAGCAGUCACUGUCUUCUUGAAUACCUCCUCAAUCGUCUUCAGAACAACUCAUGCCAUAUCAAGCUGAAGGUGCUUAAGAUCCUGCUCUAUAUGUGCACCCAUGGCUCGUCACCCUUCCUUCUGCAGCUUAAGAGGAACUCUUCCUUCAUUCAGGAAGCCAUAGGGUUCACAGGGCCUCCUGAUCCUCUCCAUGGCAACAGCUUGUAUCAGAAGGUGCGGAUGACUGCACAGGACCUGGCAGGCACUUUAUUUUCAGAUGUGUUGUCGCCUCAAUUUGUUACUCAGCCACCGAAAGAGGUGCCUUCAGCAGGUAUGGGAACUAAGUCUAGCCCCCAUGGCUCUCUUGAAGGCUUUGGUUUUGAAAAGAACAGCUCUACGUCCCCUGGCAAAGGUCUGCUGGCUACCAUCCAGAAGGCAGCUGAGGUGGUUGCCAAUGUUGUGCUCCCUGGUCAGGAACUCACAAGUCUCCCUCAGAGGGAGUUGACAGACAAUGUCUAUGAGCCAGUGAUGGCACCUUCUCCUGGCAAAAGCCCCGUCUUACUCACCAAACCACCACUGGUCCUCGUUCAGAAGAUGCGAGUGAACCAUCAAUCUGGGCAAGCAGGAGGCGGGUGGGAGGAGCUGGACACUGGGCUCAACUCCCAGAAUUCCUUGCAAGAGAACAGCGACCUGAGCAGAACUUCUGAAUCUGACAGCAAGGCAGGCAGUGACAAUCACUCCAGUGCUGCUGAAAGGAUGGAAGCUGAAAACCUUAAUGACUGCCUUCAAGAAAUGAGUCUUGUCAGUAGAUUAACCAGAGGCUCCAAAGUCUUCCUGACUUGUGAGGAAACCCAGCACUUCAUCAAAGAGUGUGGACUGCUGAACUGUGAAGUCGUCUUGGCUUUGCUUAACCGAACUCUGAAGGACCUCAGUGAGUGCAUCUGUAUGAGGGCAAUGUGUGCCAUCUCUUCCCUUAUGUGUUCUGACUUGCUCUCCCAUGAUCAUAUAUUUGCCGUUACCCAGCAACACCUGCAGGAGCUUAGUGAAGGGAGCCCAGGGUGCGUAGCCAACAAAGCAACGAAGAUACUGCGUCAAUUUGAAGCCCUCUGCCGAAGCCAUUCCACUUCCAAGAAUCCACCCCUGGUUGCUGCCUCCUGUUUCUCUGCCAAGACCUCACUGGAACAUACUGAUGACCUGCUGAUAAAUACAGCGCCUUUCUCAGAAGACACUGUCCUGAAGCCCAUUAACCUGUCACUGCAGCCCUCCCAAGCACCCAAGCUCAUCACGAGUAACACGUCCCUAUCGACAGGACAGAUGCCAGAAUCUCUGUCCUGCGGCCAACUGGAUAUGCUGCCACCUGGUCUCAGCCAGCAGAGGGCAGAAGGCAGACUGCCAGACUCUGACCCCCAAGAAGAUAGGCCCCCAAGGGGUGAUCCAGAUGGCACUGUUUCUUUAUUCGCUGGCAUGGAACUGGUCGCACCUUCAAGCAUGGCACUAGCAGCAGCUGUGCAGGAUUGUGUUUCUCCCGUGCCACGGACAGCAUCUUGCCCUGGGAAUGCCAGGGACGGUGAGGACAACCGACAGCUCUCUGCUUUUCCCUUCCUUCAUGUAUAGCAGUGCCCCGUUGCAAUUUAGUUGUAAGGAAAGUAAGUGAGCAACAAAUCAAGUAUCUUUCUAGCUUUUUUCAUCCUGGAAUAGAGUGGGGAGGUGGGUCUUCCUAUACGUUAAGUAUCUGUUCUAGUUAGAGCCUGCUGAACUGUAGUUUGUCUGAUCUUGCCAGGAAUUUUGUUACUUUUAGUCUUGACAGAUCAUGAAGGUCUCAGGAUGGGAAAGGCUGGCUUCUUGUUAGUCUGUUCUGAAAAAGGGUUGAUAUUCCCCAUUAAUUUAUAUUCUUACUGAAUCAUCUGUGAGCAUGAGAGAGAAGACUUGAAUCCUCACCGCGUCUCUUAAAUGGAUUAUUUCUUAUUGAAUGCCAGCAUAAAGACAAUAACAACAUGAUAUGUUCUCAUUAAGGUACAAUAUAACUGGUUCUUAUAACAGAAAUAUUACUUUCAUUAUUAAAACUGAGUUCCAUUUUAUAUUAUUUGUUCCUAUAGAUUAUAUUAUUCAGACUGCAUCACCCCUUGUCUCACUGCUUUCCCUUUGACAGAGUCAGCUGCUCACUUGCGCAAUUGAUGAACCCCAUCCAUUGGCAGCACAUGAUUACUGAUGUCCCCGUGAAAAGGAGGAACCCUAAAGGAGAUGUUAAGGCUGUCAAAAUUCUUAAAACUAAAAAAAAAAUUAAAUGAAUUGGAAAUGAAUUGGAGGAGUUUGCCCAUUCCCUACCGUUUUCUGUUCCUUGUUCGUCUCACCACAUGUGGCUAGGGUGUAGAAUAAAAUAAAAUGGGGGCAGAGGAGUCCCACUUUUAUGAAGCUGCUCUAGAAUUCAUUGCAGUUCCAGCAACUAAACAAGGGAACAACUUUUGUCAAUACUGUCAUCCUUGCUUAGGCAACAUGGCUAACUGAGGACAAUUAGUUAAUUCCUUCUAACCCUCACCCUAUUGGCUAGGGUUAGAGUGUUCACAUGACAUGCUAACCCCCUUGCCUAAAUCAGAAUAAGUGUCAUGCAGAAAGGGCCAUUGUAACUUGAAAUUCUGAAUAUAACAAAUAGAGAAGAAAGUCUAAAAGAAUAAAGGUCACUGACUAUGCUAGUGAGAGUUUCUCCCCAUUCAAGGAAGAAAAGCUAAUUAUGGUCCACAUGAAACCUCUGUGGUCCUUUAACAUCCUUGCAGGUAGCUUAUCUGGGUGACUUUCUGAACUUUAUGAUCCCACUGCUACUUGAAACAGAGCUAACACUUACAAUGAAGCCCUGCUUUGCGUCCAACCUUCCUUUGUCUCCCCUAACCUCUCACGCUGCAAACAGGAGGGCUAUAGUAAAGCUGCCGUCAGAAGCUUAGGUGGAACUUUCAACACUCAGAUCAACAGAAGAUUAUAAAUGGUAUUAUGUGUAUCUAUAUCCAGAAUUGAUUUCAUCUUGUAGCCCACAGACUCCUCUAAAACUUUGACCUAAGAAGUAAAAGCUCCUUUUUGGGCAGGAAUUCCAGACACAGGACUCACAAACACCAAGAUAUCUGUUGUCCCCCAAACAGCAUUGACAGCCUUCCAAAACUGUGUUACUAUAUGACAUUGCAAGACAGCACACAAGACUUAAAGGGUUCCUGGUCGUUGCUUUGGCGAUUAUUCAAAAUAUGUUUUUAAAAAUACAGUACAGGUAGUCCUCAUUUAAUGACAAUAGGGACUGGGAAAUUGGUUGUU